CGGCGCUGCAGAGCGGCUGGGGCGGCGGCGCGGCUCCCGGUGCUGCCCCCGGCGCCCGCCCCGCGGCGGUGAGCGCCCGGCCACGGAGGCGCCGGAGCCAUGGGCUGCAUCGGCUCCCGGACCGUGGGGAAUGAGGUGAUUGCGGUGGAUUGGAAGGGCCUGAAGGAUGUCGACCAAAUCAACAUGGACAGCACCAGCUCGCUGCACGGGAGCAGCCUCCACCGGCCGUCCACCGAGCAAACCCGAACUGAUUUCUCCUGGGAUGGCAUCAAUCUCUCCAUGGAGGACACCACUUCCAUUCUGCCGAAGCUUAAGCGAAAUUCUAAUGCCUACGGCAUUGGGGCCCUGGCCAAAUCAUCAUUCUCAGGGAUUUCUCGCAGCAUGAAGGACCAUGUGACGAAGCCCACAGCCAUGGGGCAAGGCCGGGUGGCCCACAUGAUUGAGUGGCAGGGCUGGGGGAAGACACCAGCCAUUCAGCCGCAACACAGCCAUGAGGCGGUGCGCAGGGAUACCGAUGCCUACUCCGACCUCAGCGAUGGCGAGAAGGAGGCACGUUUCCUAGCAGGUGUCAUGGAGCAGUUUGCCAUCUCCGAGGCUACACUCAUGGCCUGGUCUUCCAUGGAUGGUGAGGACAUGAGCGUCAACUCCGCCCAGGAGCCAUUGGGCUGCAACUACAGUGACAACUACCAGGAGCUGAUGGAGAGUCAAGAUGCCCUUGCUCAAGCCCCCAUGGAUGGAUGGCCUCACUCCUAUGUGUCCCAGGGCAUGUACUGUCUGGGGUCGUCAGAUGCCUGGGAAGCCAGUGACCAGUCCCUCAUCGCCUCCCCGGCCACAGGAUCCUAUCUUGGCCCUGCAUUCGAUGACUCGCAGCCUAGCUUGCAUGAAAUGGGGCCUUCCCAACCUGCUUCCGGGUACUCUGCUCAGGAGCCUCCACCUUUGCUGGGGGCGGACGCUGACUGGGCUCCGGGGGGCGGUGGGGUGGACCUGGCUAGGGGCCCUGCUGAGGAGGAGAAGAGGCCGUUGGCCCCCGAGGAGGAAGAGGAUGCAGGAUGCCGGGACCUGGAGUCACUUUCCCCACGAGAAGACCCUGAGAUGGCCACUGCCCUCAGCCGGAAGGUGUCUGAUGUCACAUCCUCAGCAGUACAGCUGAGACCCGGGCAGAAGACCACGAGGAACCCAGGAGUUGCCUGUCCUCGCCAGGAAAAUGGAGAGCCAGGGUGGGAUUUAAUCCAGGCAUAUGCUGUAGAACCACAGGUCUGGGAACUGAGGCCCAGGCAACCAGAUGGCCGUGAACUUUGCUUGGCUGCGGGCUUCUGGGUCUGUGAUGAUGAAGCUCCAGGGCGUCUCCCGAGGUCGGGAGCACAGAGCGGCUUGUAGCCGUCGAUGGGGAUCUCACUUCUUCACUUUCUGAUUCGUCUUCCAGGAGCCCUGACUGUGGCUGUGGGAAUGCCUCCUUUCUCCAUGUCGCUCUUGCUUUUCCCGACUCUGUAUUUUCUCUGGCUGUGGCCCCAGCUCAUCCCCACCGUGAGGAACAGACCUCAGGGGCUAUUGGUUUGGCUCGACAGGCACAGGGGAAGCCACCGAAAGGCACAGGUCCUUAGAGGGUGGAGAAUCUGCCCUCGGCGAAAAAUGGGCUUCUGAGAUCGGGAGUCAUGGGGGAGGUGCGUGUGGCAGCUGGGAUGCACAGGGACUCGAACACGAUUCUUUACAUCAAGGCCUGCCCACAGCCCAGAAAGUCACCGAUGAGACCAAGAACAAACAUGGCCGCCUGUUCUGGGACCUUGACUAUCCCAUGGCUGGAAGGAAGAUCCAAGGAUCUGGGGCCGGGGCUGGCUGCUCCAGCUCUUGCUUCCUUUUCUGCCUUCUUCUGGCUCCUGCUCUGGGAACCCUGACCCUGAGGGGGUGACGCAGAAUGCAGGUGUCCUGGCCAAACGGGGAAGCAUGAGGGCUGUGUCUCCCUCCAUCCACCCUCUAAUUCUCUGGAGCUGUUUACACUUUUCUCUUUGCCUUUUCUACAUUUUUAUAACUUCUUGGGGACUCAGGGUUGAGUGGGGUGGAGGGAGGAGGCCGGUGCUGUCAGGCCCCAGCCAGGGUGGGCUGUUUGUGAAGGAGCAGUGUGGGCACAUGGCUCCUUUGCCCCUUCUUCAGCUGCUCCCAGGACUCCAAAGAGGGCCUCACAGGUGUUCUCCCUCCCUCCCCAGGCCUCCUGUGGAGGAAGAGAGGAGAAUCAGAGUAUUCUUCCUUCCAGGACAGGUGACAGUGAGGCAUACGCCCCUGGAACGGCGUGCCCUCCCCCACCCAGUUCCCACUGUGGUGGGGACCUCUGUGUGGCGCUUCUGUGAGAGAUCCUGACAGCAGGGGCCGGGGGUAGAGCAAAGGCCGCCGCAGCUGUGGAGCUGGACGGCACACUGCCCUCCCUGCUGCAGUGACACAGGGACACUGUGGGUAGAAGAGAGAAGCUGAGAGCUUCCUUGUUGCCUCUCCUUGUGCCCGACGAAGGCUGCGGGUCCAAGGCCUUGUGUCCCACCCAAAGUUUGUCAGGGGUCCUACCACUUUCUCCUCUGCCAGGAAGGGAGCACUGUCCCAGACCCUGGGCAGAAGUGCACCCCCCCCCCCCAUGCCCCAGACUUCUAUUUCUUUGGAAUGAGGAGGCUGAGAGUCGGGGUGUUUCUGUCCAUCCAUGACCCCACCCCCACAGAGUUCACCCUUUCAUCUGUGCUUCUAAAAUGCAGCCGAGAACAAGGGCCCGUGUCCUCCAGGGGAGAGGAGAGGUUUUCCUGGGGUCGGUCUUUGGAGGACCCAGGAGUGGGCACGGUGAGCACACGUAAGCAAAGUCACCUUUUCUACAACUGUCUCAACAGAAGACCCCUCUCGUCUUUGAAAAUGUGACCUGCCUCAGGUGGCGGCAGGACCAGUAGCUGGGAGCUCUGGAAGUGGCCUCGCGUGGCCCUCACGCCAGACUCCUGCCGCGGGUCCUCGGGGUUUUGCAUGCUGGCGAGUCCCUGUGUCCUCGCCUGUGCCACCUGCCGUCUCAGCGCACCACCUUUCCCUCUUAGCCUCACCCCCUUCGUGCCUAUGUUCUGCCCCCGUGCCCGGACCGCAGCGGCCAUCCAGUCCAGCGGGUUCGUUCAUUACAGUUCCUUUUUGCUCAGGGCCUGUGGAGUCGGGAAAGGUGGACUGAAGCGGCGUUCUCCCCGUCCUCCCUUCCUCCCUCCCUUCCCCCAGGAAGCCAGAUGGUCCCUGAAACAGUGGCUGGAACUGGGAGGGAGUCUAGCAGACUUUGCACGAGGAGGGGGCUUGCAGACCAGAGGUCAGGUGGGGGCCUGCAUUUCCCACUCUGAAGAGGGAGAAGAACCAAGGACCUGCCCUGGGACCCUCUUAGGACUCUGGUGGAGGGAGGAACUGCUCUCCGGUGCUGGGGGCAGGUGCAUGGGGUUUGCUUAUAGCCUAUUCUAGGGGGAGGGGA